AUGGGCGGGGAAGGCGCGCGGGGAUUGGCGGGAUGCGGCGCGCCGCGCGUGACCCUCCUUGGCCUGGGCGAAGCUGUGUGGACCAAGCAAGCCAGGAGUGUGGCCAUGUUUUCUGAGCAGGCUGCCCAGAGGGCCCACACUCUGCUGUCCCCACCAUCAGCCAACAAUGCCACCUUUGCUCGUGUGUCAGUGGCAACCUACACCAACUCCUCGCAACCCUUCCGGCUAGGAGAGCGCAGCUUUAACCGGCAGUAUGCCCACAUUUAUGCCACCCGCCUCAUCCAAAUGAGACCCUUCCUGGAGAACCGGGCCCAGCAGCGCUGGGGCAGUGGAGUGGGAGUGAAGAAGCUGUGUGAGCUGCAGCCUGGGGAGAAGUGCUGUGUGGUGGGCACUCUGUUCAAAGCCAUGCCGCUGCAGCCCUCUAUCCUGCGGGAGAUCAGCGAGGAGCACAACCUGCUACCCCAGCCUCCUCGGAGCAAAUACAUCCACCCAGAUGACGAGCUGGUUUUGGAAGAUGAACUGCAGCGUAUCAAACUAAAAGGCACUAUUGAUGUGUCAAAGUUGGUUACAGGGACCGUUCUGGCCGUGUUUGGCUCCGUGAGAGAUGACGGGAAGUUUCUGGUCGAGGACCAUUGCUUUGCUGACCUCGCGCCCCAGAAGCCCGCACCCCCUCUUGACACAGAUAGGUUCGUGCUGCUGGUGUCCGGCCUGGGCUUGGGUGGAGGUGGAGGCGAGAGCCUGCUGGGCACCCAGCUGCUGGUGGACGUGGUGACAGGGCAGCUUGGGGACGAAGGGGAGCAGUGCAGUGCUGCCCACGUCUCCCGGGUCAUCCUCGCUGGCAACCUCCUCAGCCACAGCACCCAGAGCAGAGAUUCUAUCAACAAGGCCAAGUACCUCACCAAGAAAACCCAGGCAGCCAGCGUGGAGGCUGUGAAGAUGCUAGAUGAGAUCCUCCUGCAGCUGAGCGCCUCAGUGCCCGUGGAUGUGAUGCCAGGCGAGUUUGAUCCCACCAACUACACACUCCCGCAGCAGCCCCUCCACCCCUGCAUGUUCCCGCUGGCCACUGCCUACUCCACACUCCAGCUGGUCACCAACCCCUACCAGGCCACCAUUGAUGGAGUCAGAUUCCUGGGGACUUCAGGACAGAAUGUGAGUGACAUUUUCCGGUACAGCAGCAUGGAGGAUCACUUGGAGAUCCUGGAGUGGACCCUCCGGGUCCGUCACAUCAGCCCCACAGCCCCUGACACUCUAGGUUGUUACCCCUUCUACAAAACCGACCCAUUCAUCUUCGCAGAGUGCCCACAUGUCUACUUUUGUGGCAGCACCCCCAGCUUUGGCUCCAAAAUCAUCCGAGGUCCUGAGAACCAGAAAGUGCUGUUGGUGACCGUCCCUGACUUCAGUGCCACGCAGACCGCCUGCCUCGUGAACCUGCGCAGCCUGGCCUGCCAGCCCAUCAGCUUCUCGGGCUUUGGGGCAGAGGAUGAUGACCUGGGAGGCCUGGGACUGGGCCCCUGACUCAAAAAGUUGGUUUUGACCAGAGAGGCCCAGAUGGAGGCUGUUCAUUCCCCACAGUGUCUGCAUUGUAAAUAAAGCCUGAGCACUUGCUGAUGCAA